GAGUGAGCUUGAAAACUUCCUAACGAAGGAUGAGACCGUGGAGUGCGAAGAACUUCGGCCGAGGGCUAUUUUUGCCUAUAAUAUUCUGUUGACAGAAGAAGAAGAAGAAUCUACUAGUACACAACUAACCAGUAGGCGAAGAACGCUUCCAACAACAUCACCUGUAUCCUUCGAGGAACUGGUUUUCAGUUCCGAUCCCAAAUUCAAAUCAAGCACAACAGCUUGGAUUCGAAACUGAAAGAUGCAAAAUUGGUUUUCCGCCGCCGGCGGUGACAGUAGCGGCGAUACUAAUCGCAAUUCACUUCCAAAGACGUUGUCGUCUUCCUCUUCGUCGCUGCUAGCAGAUUGGAACUCGUAUGCUGCUACAAAAGGCUCCGAUGUAGGCUCUAGUAGCCUCGUUGGUUCGUUUGAUAUUGAAUCGGCUGUUAGGUCUGCCAACGACACUGUGACUGGCACCUUCAAUGUGGUAUCUAGAGGAGUGAGUAACAUACCAGGAAAUUUACAGUCUGCUACAAGUAACAUCCCUUCAGGAAAAUCUCUCAUGUAUUUUGGGCUUCUACUUGCAUCAGGGGUGUUCUUCAUUUUCGUGGCAUUUACCAUUUUUCUCCCUGUAAUAGUAAUAGUCCCUCAGAAAUUUGCUCUUUGUUUCACUGUUGGAUGUGGUUUCAUAAUCGGGGCAUUCUUCAUGCUUAAAGGCCCAAAAAACCAGUUUCUGCAUAUGACAUCAUCAGAGAGACUUCCUUUUACAUUGGGAUUCAUAGGCAGCAUGGUGGGGACCAUUUAUGUUUCCAUGGUUCUUCAUAGCUAUAUCCUCUCUGUGUUCUUUGCUGUUAUUCAGGUUCUUGCCCUUGCAUACUAUUGUAUUUCAUAUUUCCCGGGUGGAUCAGCAGGGAUGAAAUUUCUAACAUCUUCAAUGACUUCAGGAGUCUUGAAAUGCUUUGGGCGUUGACCAUUGACCUUUGUGAUUCUUAUGGAUUUUUGUACUUUUGAACAUAUAGUCCCUUUAUCAUUACCAAAUUUGUUUUUGAGAUGAGUCCAUUUUUUUUAAUCUAAAUAUUGUGAUUACUUCUUUUA